AUGCGUUGGUGUAUAUGUUUGGCAGGCCUCUUCAGUGCCCUUGCCUCUUCGGCAAGGGCAUCGGACACGCCGUCUUCAACCGUGUCGGCAGCUGCAGCCGAAUUUACCUACGAUAAUAAUUCAUUCUAUCUCAAUGGCGACAGCUACGUCAUAAUCGGCGGACAGAUGGAUCCCCAGAGGAUACCGCCCGUGUACUGGCGAGACCGACUCGCAAAAGCGCGUGCCAUGGGCCUGAACACGAUCUUCAGCUACGUGUACUGGAACCUGCUCGAGCCGUCACAAGGGCAGUGGCUGAGCAGCGAAGCGGGCAACGAUAUCGCGCGGUACUUCCAGAUCGCGCACGAGGAGGGUUUGAACGUGGUCCUGCGGCCCGGGCCCUACAUCUGCGGCGAGAGGGAAUGGGGCGGGUUCCCGGCCUGGCUUAGCCAGGUCUCCGGGAUGCAAGUGCGGACGUUCAACGGGCCGUUCAUGGCGGCUGCGCAGAGUUAUUUAGAAAGGCUCGCGGACGACGUGAGGGCGUCGCAGGUCACCCGCGGCGGGCCGUUGCUCAUGGUCCAGGUGGAGAACGAGUACGGGUCCUACGGCGAGAACCACAACUACACGCAGGCGCUGCGCGACAUCCUGCUCGCGAACUUCGACGUCCCGCUGUACACCAACGACGGCGGCGUGAACUGGACGCUAGCCGGCGGCGAGGUACCAGGCGUGCUGGCCGAAGUCGACGGCGACCCGCGGAGCGGGUUCGCAGCGCGUGACGCGUACAUCACCUCCCCCACGGAGCUGGGGCCCCUCAUGGACGGCGAGUACUACACGUUCGCGCCGGACUUCUGGGGCGCGGCCAACGCGCACAACACGACAACCAAUCAACCCGCGCAGGUCGAGCAGUUCGUCGCGGACCUCGACUACGUGCUGCGCGCCAACAACUCUAUCAGCUUGUACAUGGUGCACGGCGGGACCAACUUCGCCUUCAGCAACGGCGCCAUCUGGAAGAAUUUCACCGCGGCCUUCACGACGAGUUAUGAUUAUGGGGCCCCGCUGGAUGAGAGCGGGCGCACGACCGAGCUGUACUACGUGCUUCGGGAGGCGAUCCAGAAGUAUGUUCCUGCGGGCAGCAUCCCGGAGCCGCCGGCCGACGUGCCGAGGCUCGCGAUUGCGAAUUUCACGGCGGUGCCGAUGGUGGCGCUGUUCGACGCGCUGGGGACGCGGACCACGAGUACGCAACCCAUGACAAUGGAGGUGCUAGGGCAGGCAUACGGACUGAUCCUCUACGAGCACACAGUCACGGUCAACACCACCACCAGCAACACCACGACGCUCUCAGGCGUCCUGCAGCCGGGCGACCGCGCCCGAGACCGCGUCCUCGUCUACGUGAACGGCGCGCGCAGCGGCGUCAUCGACAGCACGUACCCCACGCCCGCUGCGGUCACGGUGUCGCUGAAGCGCGGGGACAAGCUGCAGCUGCUGGUCGAGAACCUCGGUCGGGUGGACUACUGGUCGCGCGAGUCCGGGACGUUUGUCGCGCUGGAAGAUCCCUUCAAGGGCAUCAGGGGUGAUGUCACGGUCGGGGGGACCGUUGUGUCUGGGUGGGAUAUCUACUCACUGCCCCUGGAUGCGCCUCCUCCCGCCGUUGUAUUUAGCAACGCGACGCUCGGCGGCGUCGCCGUGGGCUCGCCGCCGGUGUUCUACUGCGCCACGUUUCGGGUCGAGGGCGAUAGUGCGACCGACCCGGCCGCGCUGGAUACGUUCCUGGCGGUGCCGGAUGGGGUCAAGGGCAACGUGUGGGUGAACAGGUUCAACCUCGGGCGCUACUGGGUCAUCGGGCCACAGCAGUCUCUGUACCUCCCCGGCACGGUCCUGAAGGCGGGCGCGGAGAACGAGGUCGUCGUUCUUGAGCUGGAACCGAAUGCUGGGAACUUAACCUUGUUCGGGGCGGCUGAGAGGGAAUGGGGGAACAACCCGGAUCCUGAUUACCCCUAA